UUUUCGACCACAACUAAAUUGCGCUGUGCAUGUAAAUACAUGAAAGCAAAACACAUUUCUUCUUUCCACCUUUUUUUCAAACAGAAACUAAGAUUUCCCGUUGUGUGGCUUGCUCUUAAAAUGGAAACGCUUUGCUAAUCUCUGCUUUCUAAUAAACUGUUGCCCUGAAAGAACACAGUAGAUGAAUACAGUGGCAUCAGCCAUUCAUAAAUAACGCCCACAGCACUGUGGGAGUUGAAGUGAAGCUUCACCAGAAAAAAAAGAAAGGGGGGGGGGGAAAUUACCUCCUUAAAAUAAGACUAACGUAUUUUAUACCACUCCUAUUUUUUGUGUUCCAUGUAAUGGAUAGGCACAGCCGUGUUUAUAAAGCGCCCGAGCGUUUCCCUGCCUCGGCAGCCCUGCGUUCCCCGCCUCCCCCCGAGCUGCGGUGGGGGCCGGGCGGGUGAAGGGGUGCGGGGGGCUCCCUACCCCUCGGGGCGGUGAGCCGGGCCCCCUGCACACCAGGGAGCACACAGCAAAGCUGGUAAAUUUCUGCUCUCCGGGGACAGGGGUCCCCAAGGUUUUGGAAGAGGGCAGGGCAAUAAAUGGUUCUGGAUGUAAGAAAUAUGAAUGACUGGCAGAAGAAAAGCCCUCUAGAGUGGAAAACACUUGUGAACAAAAUGGUGAAAGUUGCUGCAGUUGAGAAACAUGAAUAUGAAGGAUGGGUCUUAACAGUUGAUCCAGUUUCUGCCAGUAUUGUCCUUGCAACAUUCCUGGAGAAUGAAAAAGUGUCCAUAUCAGUUGUCUUGGGUCAUGCUGUCCAGGAGGUCGAAGUACUGAGAGAAGGGGACGACGAAAUGAAGCAACGGCUUUCUUGCAUAUUUGCGCCUGAAGAAAGCAAAGCCUACAGCCCAGAGGAACUCGAAAAGAGGAAGAAUGACUUGAAGACUUGGCUAGAAACAAACCACAUUCCUGUAACAGAGCAAGGUGAAUCGGGAAGAACGCUAUGUGUGGCAGGGGUAUUAACUAUUGACCCACCAUACAGCCCAGAAGAGUGCAGCAGCUCCAAUGAGAUUAUUCUGUCUCGAGUUCAAGGCUUGAUACAGGGCUAUCUUGAAAAACAGCAGUGAUAUCUGCUGUUUAAAGCAAUUGUCUUUAGGCAUGGGUCUACCCACCCUAUUGUAGGAACUGUCCUGAGUGUCAAUAUUCACUAUUUGCAAAAAUUCUGGGGUUAGGUUCUUUUGUCUGAUUUUUGUAGGUUAGGAAAGGGAUAAAACAAGCAGCAUAAACUAAAAGCACAAAGCAUUUUCUAUGCACUAUUAUUUUAUUGAAAGCAAGCCAUUGUAUAAUAAUGAUGUAUUAAACUGAUGUAUCAGUUUACUAUAUAAGUAUUUUUUGUAACAGUAUUGUGGAAGAUGAUAUACGACAAAUUUAAACUGUGUUCUCCUCUGCCUUUAAAAUUAAUUAUCUAGGCAUAUUUAUUUGAAUUGCUUACCAGAUUUAUUUUUUUCUGAAAAGGAAUUGUGACACUUGAAAUUCCCGAACCAGAUGAAAAAAUUGUUCAGAAAGUUGUGUUGCUUUUUUUUUCUCACAACUGUUCUCCUGUUCUGGAACAUGAAUAAUAACAUCGGUCCAAGGUUGUAAAAUUAUUAGGGAAAGUCAGCAGGCAAAUACCAGGUUCUAAAAAACAUUUCCUAUAUUUGCUAUUUUAGAGUAGCAGUGAUUGGAAGAUAUUUGUUCCUUAGUGAAUUGCAAGAAAUUCUAAGUUUGUGUUUCUUAAUGCUUUGUUUCUAUUUUAUGGCAACACACAAUGUAAGAAUCAUGAUGUGAUUAUUCCUGAGAUUAUUAAUCCAGUCAGGAGCCUUUAGAGCCCUCAUUUAUCUCUUGGUGUAUUGAUUUAUUCUGUCUUAUUAUGAGAUAGCAACAAAGAACACGUUAGUGUGCUCAGAUGCAUUUGAAAAGUCUGUCUAACCCUGGUUAGUGAAGGGCCCUCCUUGUUCCUGCUAUGGUUUAUUUAAAAUUACUUUGGAUUGGUCAGAUUCAUGCUGACUUCUUAAAAAUCCUCUACUGUACUUAUGCUCUUGUUGAGAGAUAUUAGUUGUUUCGCUUAAAUAAGUUUUAAUUAGAAUAAAUUAUUUAGGGUUAUAAUA